AUGGAUCUAGAUUUUAAUGCACGUAUUAAACCGUGCCGAUACGAUGGCCAAACAGUUAUGCCCAGCGAUGAAAGAAUGAUUAAUUACUUGCGUAUUGCUGGGUUCUACGGGGUAUCUCAUCUUAGAGAUAUAAGGUUGGACCAUUCAUUAAUCGCUGCUUUGAUUGAGCGGUGGCGGCCUAAGGUUCACGCCUUUCACCUACCGUUUGGGGAGGUAGGUAUAACACUUCAAGAUGUUGAAGUGUUACUUGAGCUUAAGGUGGAUGGCCUAGCUGUUACUGGACGUGUCAAGUGUCCUAUUGAACAAUGGAAGGAAUUGUGUAGUCGUUUGUUGGGAUUUACUCCCCUUGAUCGAUUUUUGAAGCAGUCGAAAAUUAAUUCGACUGCAAUUCCACCCGUUCCAGAACUAACCGCGGAUAGCACAGAUGAUGAGGUGCAAGUUGCUACGCGGUUACAAUUGAUGCAUUUGUUAGGAGGACUUCUUUUCCCCGAAUCAACAAAUCUGGUGGUAAAUUUGGCCUUAUUGCCUUUCAUUGAGGAUUUUGAGGUUUGUGGCCAGUACAAUUGGGGAUCAGCUGUGUUAGCCUAUCUUUAUAGGGGGUUGUGCAAAGGAGCUGACCACCAUACUUCGGUUGUCGGUGGUUAUAUGCUACUGCUGCAACUUUGGGCAUGGGAGAGGCUUCCUAUGCUCAGGCCAGAGGGCGUUAUAGCAGAAUUAAAUAUUUGUGAUUUGCCAGUUGGUGCCAGUUUGUCUUCGAGCCUUACAAUGCAUUAUUUCCUCAAUUGCCUGACUAUUGCACGGCCGGCCAAGCGAUUUGGACAGCUCGAGUGCCUUUGA